CUGAGUAUUCAUUCAUUUCAUUAGCUAGAAUCAUAAAGUAUGUAUUCAUUCAUUUCGUAAAAAUUGAAGGGAGUUACUGAAUGAAUGUGAAAUAAGCAGUAUAGCUUCUAAUUUUACAUGUUAACACACGAGCAUGUUCUUCGAAUGUCAUGUGAUCACACCACAUUUCUUAGCAGUUGUAAUGUUGCUAUUUUUUUUUCUAACGAAUAUGCAACGAGCAGCUCUAUUCAAGAGAUUGCCAAAAGAAUAGAUAGAUAUGGAAGUGCACCAAUUACGUUGACAUAAAGACCUCCUAGAAGAAAUAAUAUCACUAUCUGAUUUGAUGUUGCCUUUACUUCUGACCUCAAACCGCGUUUAAUUGUCUACAAAGUGCUCUGAAGAAGAAAUAACUUAGACUGUGUCAAAUUGAUGUACCAUUGAAAUAUUAAACUCUUGCAUGAAUCAUCUAGGAAAUUUCCAAUGAUAACGAAGAGAAAUUUUCAUAACUCAAGGACUUUAUAUUUUAAGAGGAGUUUUCUCACGGAAUUAUAAAUAGAGCAUGAUGAUGCGAGUAUUAUAAUAUAUCCUCAAAGGUUCGUGUGCUCAGGGCUUCUUUCUUAUCCUGAUUUUUCACUUCCAUUUUGGAACUUCUGGAACUGCUAUAGAUAAAAAAUGUCAUCUGGUGACAGCACGCAGAGUAACUUUCAAGACAGUGCGCAGAGCACCUUUCAAGCAUGGCUAAUAGCCGUAAUCGUAAUCUCAUGUCUGAGUGUAGCUGGGACAGCUGUCGGAGCAUAUUUCUUAUACAAGUGCUUCACAAAACAUGGGUUGCCACAAAUCAACAUAAACAGCAAUUCAACACCCGCAAAUCCAUCAUCUGCCACGGAUGGAGAUGAAAAAAUGACCGCCCAAAAUUCAUGGAUUGAAGAUGCAACGGUUGAGAGGUUUCUCAAUAACAUUGCAAAGGAGAAGCCAAUCAGAUUCACACGGCAACAGCUCGCUGGCUUAACUCGCAAUUACACCAUUCGCCUGGGUUCUGGUGGGUUUGGGACAGUCUACAAGGGACAGCUUCCUAAUGGAGUCCAAGUAGCAGUAAAGGUGCUAAACACCGGCGGUUCUGAGGACAAGAGACUAAUGGAGCAGCAGUUCAUGGCAGAGAUUGGCACCAUUGGAAGAACAUUUCAUGCAAACCUUGUUAGACUCUAUGGCUUCUGUUAUGAUUCAAUUGUCAGAGCCCUAAUUUAUGAGUUCAUGGACAAGGGAUCUCUAGACACAUACCUGUUUGACAAGAGCCACACCAUUGCAUGGGACAAGUUGCAUGAGAUUGCAAUAGGUACAGCUAAAGCACUCUCUUACUUGCAUGAUGAAUGCGAGCAAAGGAUCAUACACUAUGACAUCAAACCUACAAACAUCCUCCUUGACCACAACUUCACCCCUAAAGUGGCUGACUUUGGAUUGGCGAAACUUUGCAACAGAGAGAACACUCAUGUGAGCAUGACGGUAGGGCGGGGAACUCCGGGCUAUGCUGCGCCGGAGAUGUGGAUGAUGGGACAAGUGACAUACAAAUGUGAUGUUUAUAGCUUUGGGAUACUCCUGUUUGAGAUUGCAGGGAGGAGGAGGAGCUUUGAUGCAAGCUUGGAGGAAGAUGAGCGUUGGUUUCCAAAGUGGGUGUGGGAGAGGUACGAGAAUGGAGAAAUGGAAAAGGUGAUGGAGACAAUUGGAGUUGAUGAUGAACACAAGGGUGAAACAGAGAGGAAACUAAUGGUGGCCUUGUGGUGUGUGCAGUACCAGCCAGAAAGAAGGCCUCCCAUGGACAAGGUUGUGAAGAUGUUGGAAGGGGAGAUGGAGAUUGUGCCUCCAUUGAACCCUUUCCAGCACCUGCUUUCAUCUUCUGCACCAUCCAAGGAUUUGUGGAGUGGCACGAGUUUGUCAUCAAGUGGAGCAGAUAACCAAGGACUAAGAUUUCACUCUUUACAACAACAGCAACAACAACAAGAAGAAGAAGCCGCUAGAUUUUACUCUUUACCCGUUUGAAAAACCACACAGUAAUUACCCACUGCCCACUUCAAGUAUAUCAGUUAUUUGUAGCUGAAACAAAAGAAAUGCAUAUUAUUUUCUCAGUUUGUACUGGUUUUCCUUUAUAUUAAAUCAGUGAUUU